AAAAAAUUAAAAAUAUCCUGAAAUAAACCAACCUAUGUCGCUAGUACGACCUAUAUCAUAGAAUCAAACCACGACUACUAUGCAUCUGCCGUCUGCGUUUUAAUAUGGAGCGUCUAUUCCAACAAGACGAUCAUGCCAGGCAGAGAAUUCGUUUUCCCAAUCCAAAUCUCUUCUUCCAGCUUUCUCUUCUUCCCCAAGAUAUCCUUUUCGAAAUUCUUAUUCGACUUGGUGCCAAAUCUCGAGGGAAGCUAUGCUGCGUUUCCAAAUCCUUCCGUUCCAUAAUCACUGGUCCAAGUUUCGUCGAGUUUCACCGGAAUUGGUCCACGGCGUCUGACCGCGGCACAACCAUACUCUUCUCUAUUUCAGCUCCGGUUGAUACUCCUAAAUCUGAUGACUUCACGGACAAAUCCGCGUGGUUCAAGUACUGUUCCCCGCCGGAGGAGUUUUACACCAUAAAUUACAAAUCUCACCAAGGAAAUCAGCCCCUUGAAGCAAAACGUGUUAGGCACAUGGACAAAGUUGGCAACUUCAGCGAAUUCCGAUACGGGUCUUCCGCGGGAGAUCUGAUAUGUCUCUCCGACUGCCUUGAUGGAGGAAAAGGGGUGAUUUGCAACCUCAGAUCCGGACAACAGACUGCCCUCCUGACAACAACUCCGGAUUGGGCCGUUUAUCAGACCAAUGCUUUCGUGCUCUUGGGAUUCGACAGCUCCUCCGCAACAUACAAAGUUUUGAAAUCGGAAUUUGGUGACCCUACCGUCAAGCACUGGGUGUUGACACUGGGCGUGGAUGCAACCUGGCGGGAGAUCAACUCCUCUGCGCAAUUUUACCCUGGUUGCCAUUACAACACUAGUGUUUGCAUAAAUGGUGUUCUCUAUUUCUACAAUGGGAGGCGGACGAAAGCAGCAGUCCGUGACUUUCCCAUUGUGGCAUUCGAUCUCAGAUCGGAGACUUUCCGCCUGAUUGCUCUCCCUCAGGCCAAAAGUGUAAUGGAAGCUAUGGAACAAGGUGAUAUGGCAAAAUCCUCUUUUGUAGAAUUGGACGGACGGUUUACUGUCAUUCGUAUCUUUCAAAACAUGCUUAUUACCUGGAGUUUGGAUAUGGUGGCGAACUUGGCCGCGUGCUGGAAGAAACACAAUUUCCUUCUUCCAUUUGAGCUGCAUGGGCCGUUUCAGGUGGCCGGAAGUAAAACUUUUUGCACUCUUACAACAAUUCCCACCGGGGAAAUAGUGGUUUUAACUCGCACGGGUGAGACAUGUUCUGUUUGGGUACUGUUUGAUAAGUUUGGACCAGAAGGCCUGAUUUGGAAGAAAUUUGGAAUCAACGGACUCGGAGACUUUCCUAAUUAUGAUGUCCAGGCAUUCAAAGCUGUAAUGGUGCAAAAUCUUGCUGAAAAUGUCUUGCACCCCGAAUAGGCCGGACAUAAUGGUUAGUUAGAUGAGUAAAUAUAAUUAUUAUAUAAGCAUUUGUUAUAUACAAUUGAUCACAAUAAUGUUCUUAAAAAUGUAUUCCAUUGCACAAACUUUGGUUACAUGUAGUUAUUUAUUCAUGUCUUAAUUACAAGCGUAGUUUUAUCUUGUUUAGAUUAGAUAGUCAAGAACGCAUGCGUCUAGGUGCAAGGAAAAUGAGUUCACUAUUUGUUGUCGAGACCUAAAUUUUAACAGGCGAUACAAAUUUGUAGUUCUGGUGCAAAAGAAAAAGAGACCUAUUAAAUCUUCAUAAGAAAAAAAUCAGAAUUUGAAAGAUGAGAUUUGUUUUUUGUUUUUUAAUUUGGGAUGAAUGUAUAUUCCUAGGUGUACGUUGUAGCAAUAAAAAAAUGAACAACCAAAGCACAUGUUUCCUUCUCUGUGACCAAAUCUUGCAUACUGUUGUCAUCUUGAAGUAUUGCAGUUGUUAGAAGGGAGUAGAACAAAUUCCAAACAAGAAUAGAGCAUAAAUGAGUAAAGGGUCAAUUUGGUCCCUGAAGUUGCAUAAAAGGGGUCAAAUAAGUCCUUAUAUAGAAGGUUCUAUUCGUCCGUCGCCAUUUGGGCGGUUCCCGGUGGAAUUUUUUGAUGAAUUUUUUUGAGCAUCUUAUUCAGCAAGUCUAGUUCACUCAUACCAAAGUUCAGAUAAAAAUUCAAUCGCGAAGACAUUCAAAUGAAUUCUUGAAGAUAACUGUGCAGUUAAAGACGCAGUUAUCAUCAAAAAUUCAUUUGAAUGCCUUCCCGAUUGAAUGUUUAGCUGAGAUUUGGUAUGAGUAAACUACACUUAAUGAAUAAGAUGUUAAAAAAAUUUAUCAAAAAAUUCCACCGGAAACCGCCUCAAAUGGCACAUACGGACAUAAUCUUCUAUAUAAGGACUUAUUUGACCCCUUUUAUGCCAACUUUGAGGACCAAACUGACCCUUUACUCGAACAUAAAUAAAUUCUACUGUUACUUUCGACCAUGGGUUAUUUUCAGUCACAUACUCACAUGGUCAUUUUGAAAAUUUUAUUCAAAAGUUGGGUUUGUUUGGGAUAACAGAUAGUUUGAAUUAUUUAAAUAAAAAUCUAUAAAUACAUAAAAGCAAUCCUACUUUUUACUGUUGUCUCAAUCUCUUGCCUAACAUUAUUCUGCAUCUCAACCGUCCAUCUCAACAGCCCGUCCAUUAAACAACAUCUCAUCGUCCUGGUCUCUUGGAUUCACUUCAACCUCCAUGAGAAAUCAUUGUUUUUCUAUCCCUAAUCAAACAUUCCGCUUCAACUAAACCCUUAUCUACCCUCACCUUCAUCGGAAUCAUCCCAACCGUGUGAAGCAGAAACUUACACAAUUGAUCAGAAUCAUUUCCAAUCCUUAUCAAACAUUUUUUAUUUGAUUGUUCAAGAAAAACAACGAUGGAGAACAUCGUGCGAAGCAGAAAUUCAUCAUUGAAGACCAUAAAACAAAGAAGAAGAAGAAUAAGGUUUCAAAGAAGCAGAGAUGCCUCCUUGCUCUCGCAGCAAGCAAAGGUGGAUCGCCCUGUAACAGAGUGGUGUUCAACGAGCUAUUCACUAGGCAAGAAAUGGUGUUCCACAGAUUGCGAUUAUAAGGCGUUUGAAUGCUCUUCUAUUUAUACUUCAUAUCAGUUGUAUGCUAUUCACGCCAGUGGAACGCCAUUUCCCUGAAUCCGAUUAAAUCUCUUUUCUUCCAAGAAUGAUGUUCACUGUUUCCGCUUCUCUGAACAUAGGACAACUGUACAUGCAUUCAAGUUUUAAAACAAGAAUAGCAGGCAGAGAUGGAGAGACAUGAUAUGAAGCAAAAUCUGGGCUUGGAAGAACAGGGGCAGAAGCCUCCGUGGGUUUACUGAAGGCGGAGACGGGCUUGAGCCCACCUUUGUGGGAUGGUUGCGGGAUGCUUAAUUAAUAUUUAUUCUUUUUAAUUAUCCUGAUUUCUUUCCUAUUAGGAGUUAAUUAGGAUCUCUAUUAUUCUGUUUCCUAGUUGGAGUUGAUUAGGAUCUCUAGGAUUUUGUUUCCUAGUUUAAGAGUUAGUAGAUGGGUAUUUAAACCCCUUGUUACGAUUCAUUCUGGCUCAUCUAGGAAUAAAAUUGGAGUUUAGCCUUUUGGCUUUGGGCAACGGUAUUUUUAUCGUUGAUUGUCUGGACAACUGUUCACCCGUUGAUUUUAUUUUUCUGCUUCACAACAAGACACUUCCAUGUGCACGCAUGCAAGUUUUAAGAGGCACAGUUGGGUUAAAUUCCCGUGAAAUAAUUAAUCAAAAGGGUUGACCUUUUUAAGAGCCCG